CAAGCCUGGAAUAGGAUAUUAGAGUGAGGCUCAGCGGCAUAUCGUCCGUGAUCUUCCAACGGGUUGUUGUCGCUUGUCACGCGUUUCGAGACAUUCCAGCCACCACGAUGGAUCACCGCGCGUGCAUCGUCCGGCUCUUGCCUAGAUGCCGUGAUCGAUCGCCAUAGUCCAGGGAAGCAUGCAGUUGCAGUAGAGGUCGAUUUAGGUGUGGCGUGAGAUGGGUAUCGGAUCACGUGAUCAUUAAAGAGUUGGUUGCCAGAGCAACAGUCUAAGCGGUGAGGGAAGCAAAGCUGGCGCAUCCUGGACGGUCCUCGUGCGUUGCAGCGCUUCGACGCCACGAGAGGUCCACGGUUUAGCAUUCUUUUUCCUGUAGAUUUGGACUUUUAUUCCCUCCACGCGUAUCCUCCAUUCUUCGACAUCCACAAUGAGCGUACGCGUCGUGGCCCGAAUCCGCCCGUUGCUCAAGCAGGAGCUCGACAAGGACACGAUCGUCACGGCCGAGACCAUCGAUGGCGAGAGCACCGCGACAGUCGUCAGGAUACCAAGCCCCAAGAAUGAUGCCGAGUCCUUCAGCUUUCAGUUCAGUUCUGUGUACGAGCAAGAAGCGACGCAGCAGCAACUUUUCGAUGCCGAGAUCUCGCCUACGGUAAAGCAUCUGUUCAAUGGCUUCGACCUAUCUAUCUUCGCCCAUGGCUGCACCGGAACCGGCAAGACGCACACAAUGCGUGGAGGGAAGUCAUUGGCGGACCGCGGUGUUAUUCCACGGCUGCUAAGUUCGAUAUAUCGACGGUGCAAGAAGAUCGAGAAGGACACUGCAGGCGCCACACAGGUUGAGGUUGCUCUGGAGUACUUUGAGAUUUACUGCGACCGCGUUUACGACUUGUUCGAGCCCCCAGAAAAGCGCACACCAUCUGGACUGCCUAUUAGAGAUAACCAUGGCAAGACCGUUGUUGUUGGGUUAACAGAGAAGCCCUGCACAACGCUGAAGGAAUUUGAGCAUCUCUACGACCAGGCGAACAUGAACCGAUCCACAUCUGCUACAAAGCUUAACGCACACUCCUCUCGAUCGCAUGCCAUUCUGUGCGUGAAGAUUACGCAAACCACCGAAACUACAAUCCGCGUUAGUCGAGCGUCGUGUAUCGAUCUUGCUGGGUCAGAGGACAACCGCCGCACCGAAAACAACAAGGAGCGCCUGGUGGAGAGCUCAGCAAUCAACAAGUCUCUGUUCGUACUAGCACAAUGCGUGGAGGCAAUGAACAAGAAGCAGGCUCGGAUACCCUAUCGCGAAUCGAAGAUGACGAGAAUUCUGUCUCUUGGUCAAAACAAGGGGUUGAGCAUCAUGAUCCUCAAUCUGGCCCCGACACGCGCAUACCAUCUGGAUACAGUCAGCUCUUUGAACUUUGCCAGCCGAGCCAAGAAGAUCGACGUCGCGGAGGUGGAAAACGACCCCGUAUAUCGCACAAUGGUCAAGCCAUUAGCAACAACAAGCGGAUCAAACCUCACACGACAACCUCUCCGACCUUUAACAGCAGCCGUAAACGUCAACAUCCCAGAGGCCGAGAAGCAGAAGAAAGGGGAAAAGCCCGUCAAGGCAUUCUCUGUAUACUCUGACUCCCGCAAACCCGCUGCUUCUCGCGUGUCUAACCUCGCAUCUCAGAACCAGGGCGUGCGCCGCACAGAAGGCAAUAAACGCGCAGCCGAAUCCAACAACGUAUUCGCAUCCCGCCCAGCCAAGACAUUCCGCACAGCAGACAGCACAUCACGAGCCCGCACCAUCGAAGCCAGCAUGACAAAAGCCUCCAUCGAAGCCCUAAUCGCACAACGCAUCGACGAGAAACUCGCGGAAAAAGCCCUCCAAGACGCUGCGGGCGCUGCUCCCGCCUUAUCAGCUGAACUGCAAAAGCGCCUCGACGAUCUCGAGCAGCGAAUUGAUUCCAAAGACGACGACGGAAAGUCCCAGGGCCUGCAGUUCCUGCUCAUGGCGAAGCAGCACGCUAUGCGCGGCGAGGAUGCAAGCGCGCUGCGCAUGUACCAGCUCGCGCAGCCCUUUUUCCCGGGAAACGCAAAACUCGAGGCCAAAAUGGCGGCGCUGGAGGAGCGUAUUCGCGCGAAGAAGGGGGACGCGGGUGCGAAGCAUGUCUCUGCGCCUGCGGUCGUGUCCUCGUCGACAUUACUCCUCGCCCUACCAGCAGCGAAAACAGACAAGCUCCCCUCAAAGCAGAAACACACACCCGUUUACCGCGACGACGACGCCUCCGCCUCAGAAGACGAAGACGAAGACGAAGCCUUCACACCCGCCCCACCCUCCGACCACUACACUUCCGACUCCGACACCACCCCCAAGCCCAAGCCCAAACCCAAGCCCCGCAACCGCAAACCCCAAACUAAAAAACUACCCAUCUUCCGCGACGCCCCAAACACACCCCGCACAACCCACCUCCUGCGCAUCAUCAACUCGCGCGACGUCACACAAAUCCGCGCACUGAAAGGCGUGGGCGCGAAGAAAGCAGAUGGGAUCGUGACGUGUCUGGUGGAGAUGGAUGAUGAUGAGUUGUGUGAUUUGGAGAGUUUGGCUAUGUUGAAGGGGGUGGGGGGGAGGACGGUGGAGAAUAUGCGGUUGGGUUUGAGCUUAGAAGUUGGGGGAGGGGAGUUUUGA